GUUCCCCGGACCGGCAAAAGAAGAGGGCGCCAUGAUUGGUUGGCGUUGGGGCGGCGGGCGGUGGUGGGACCUGGCGAGUCUGGGUUUCAAACCCGUGCUGGACUUUACCUUUACAUGUUUCGAGGCCGUGUGGGUGCUGCAGAGGUCAGGGAGCUCGCUGGGCGGAAACCUGCACUUGGUUUUAAGAGCCGUGGGGUUGACCGGAAGUGAUCUCGGGGCUGACCGGAAGCAAGGCCUGGAGGGGAAAGGAGAGCGGGUCCCGGGAGGGAGGGGGUCCCUAGCUGUAGGAGGCGGGGGAAAAGGUGCAAAAGCGACCUGGGAGCGCUGGCUAGGCAUUGGGUCGCUGCUGCUGGUCCGUUUGGGAAGCAGCGAGUGACCACCACACGCAGAAAGGGAGAGUCCAGAGUGGGAGUGUGGGACUUCAGGGCUGCCUCUGGGCAGGCUGGAAUAAUUAAGCAAAAGGGUCCUCACGCGGCCCCAGAGAGCUGGUUUGGGGGUACUUUGGAAGUCGGGCAGCCCAGAACAAGGAGCCAGGGAUACGGGAGAUUAGUGCGGGUCGGGCUGGGGGUGGCUUGUGGGUACUGCGUGGGUGAUCUUGGUUUGGAGCUCCCUGCAGCCCUUGCCCCCGUUGGGUAGAAUCACACUGCUCACCUUUGUGCAAGAAACAGUGUCUCCUGGGGCAAGAAAGGAGCCAGGAUGGCUUGGGCUCUGAAGCUGCCUCUGGCCGAUGAAGUGAUUGAAUCCGGGCUGGUGCAAGACUUUGAUGCUAGUCUGUCCGGGAUCGGCCAGGAACUGGGUGCUGGUGCCUAUAGCAUGAGUGAUGUCCUUGCAUUGCCCAUUUUUAAGCAAGAAGAGUCAAGUUUGCCUCCUGAUAAUGAGAAUAAAAUCCUACCUUUUCAGUAUGUGCUUUGUGCUGCCACCUCUCCAGCAGUGAAACUCCAUGACGAAACCCUGACGUAUCUCAAUCAAGGACAGUCUUAUGAAAUCCGAAUGCUAGACAAUAGGAAACUUGGAGAGCUUCCAGAAAUUAAUGGCAAGUUGGUGAAGAGUAUAUUCCGUGUAGUGUUCCAUGACAGACGGCUACAAUACACUGAACACCAGCAGCUGGAGGGCUGGAGGUGGAACCGACCUGGAGACAGAAUUCUUGACAUUGAUAUCCCAAUGUCUGUGGGUAUAAUCGAUCCUAGGGCUAAUCCAAACCAACUAAAUACAGUGGAGUUCCUGUGGGACCCUGCAAAGAGGACAUCUGUGUUUAUUCAGGUGCACUGUAUUAGCACAGAGUUCACCAUGAGGAAACAUGGCGGAGAAAAGGGAGUGCCUUUCCGAGUACAAAUCGAUACCUUCAAGGAAAACGAGAACGGGGAAUACACUGAGCACUUGCACUCAGCCAGCUGCCAGAUCAAAGUCUUCAAGCCCAAAGGUGCAGACAGAAAGCAAAAAACAGAUAGAGAGAAAAUGGAAAAACGAACACCUCAUGAAAAGGAGAAAUACCAACCUUCCUAUGAGACAACUAUACUCACAGAGUGUUCUCCAUGGCCUGAAAUCACAUAUGUCAAUAAUUCCCCAUCGCCUGGCUUCAACAGUUCGCAUAGCAGUUUUUCUCUUGGGGAAGGAAAUGGUUCACCAAACCACCAGCCAGAGCCACCUCCUCCGGUCACAGAUAACCUCUUGCCAACAACCACACCUCAGGAAGCUCAGCAGUGGUUGCAUCGAAACCGGUUUUCUACAUUCACAAGGCUUUUUACAAACUUCUCAGGGGCAGAUUUAUUGAAACUAACUAGAGAUGAUGUGAUCCAAAUCUGUGGCCCUGCAGAUGGAAUCAGACUUUUUAAUGCAUUAAAAGGCCGGAUGGUGCGCCCAAGGCUAACCAUCUAUGUUUGUCAGGAAUCCUUGCAGUUGAGGGAGCAGCAGCAACAGCAGCAGCAACAGCAGCAGAAGCAUGAGGAUGGAGACUCAAAUGGUACUUUCUUCGUGUACCAUGCCAUCUACCUGGAAGAAUUGACAGCUGUUGAACUGACAGAAAAAAUUGCUCAGCUUUUCAGCAUUUCCCCUUGCCAGAUCAGCCAGAUCUACAAGCAGGGGCCAACAGGAAUCCAUGUACUCAUUAGUGAUGAGAUGAUACAGAAUUUUCAGGAAGAAGCCUGUUUUAUUCUGGACACAAUGAAAGAAACCAAUGAUAGCUAUCAUAUUAUACUGAAGUAGGUGUGGGACAUUCCAUCCUCAGUGGCUGCUGCUUCCUUCACCUCUUGGAAACUCCCCUCUUGAAGGGGUCGCAAAUGGAGAUUUGAAGGUCCGCAGGAACCUGACCCAUCUGACUGUGUGUGUGUGUGUGUGUUUGUGUGUGUGUGUGUGUGUUGGGGGAAGUAGGUAAUGCAGGCCAUGGAGUUAGAAUCCCAGCCAUCUGUGUUGGCCCAAGCUCUUGUGUCACACACAGAUUACUGCCCAAUAUGCAUUUCUGCAGCUGUUUCUUAGUUAAGUUUUCUGGACCCUGUUGUUGUUGAAUAUCAAUAGAAACUCCACAUCAUUUGGGGUGUAUGUAGGCCAUAAUGAUGAUGAGAAUUGUGUGAUGUUUAAUGGAAAGAUGUUAAAUUUUGUGAUAUGGAGCUAUGUAAUUUUUUUCUAAUAUAAAAAAGUGAACAUCUAUAUUCAUAAGACUAGAUACUCAGUCUCUUUUGCAUAGAACAUAAACUGGCUUUGUACCACAGUUGGCCCCUGAAAACCUCAUCAAAGAGAAAUACUGAGAUAGACUAGAAUUUUUCUUUUGAUUCCUCUGUUAUACUAUGACUAAUAGUAAUUUUAGCUAACAUUUAUGGAGCAUUUAUUUGUGCCAGCCAGUGUGAUAAAUUCUUUUAAUGGAUUAUCUUGUUUAAAUCCGUUUACUAAUCCUAUAUGAAGUAGGCAAUAAUAAUCCCUAAUUGAAGAUGAGGAAAUGGAGAUAAUGUGGCUAAGUAGCUUGCUGAGUAAAGGGCAACGAACAGGCAGGGAUGCUGAAGUCCAAACCCAGGCAGUCUGGCUCUUACUAAUCGCCACCCACUGCUGCCACCCUUGCAGUACUCUGUGCUUGCCAUCAUUUCCUACUGUGGCUCUUCCAGUGAACAGGACAUAGCACUGAGUAAGAACUGCAUAUUUAACCACUGAAGGGGAAAAACCACACAUAAAUAAUGAUGAACAAAUCAAAACUUACAAAAAGUGAAAACAUAGGUCCUUUGUAAGCAUCAUCAGUUAUCAGAUCACAGAAUUCGAGGUGGUGGAAACUAGGGAUAUUCUGCAACUCCCAAAAUUCACUGUUCUUGAAUGACCAUCUCAAACUAUUUAUUAAUGAGAUAAACUAACCCCCCUUUCUCUUUCCCAUCUCUGCAUUUUCUCUGGGUAUAAGAAGUUCUUUCACUUGUGUAGUGUUCUUUUAUUUAAGGUUUAUAAGAAAUUCCUUCUGAUUCCAUUCACAUUCUUACCAUAUAUUUUUGUUCUUUCUUAAAGAAUGAUCGUGUGUUUACAUGUGUAAGACUGUCGGUCUUUUUAUUUCACAUGUAAAGUUUUAUCCAGAAAUCCCUUUACACAUAUGUUGAGGUGAAAAAAAGAUAAUGUUCAAAGAUUAUGUAUUGGAUUUGGGUCUGUGUGUGUUUUUAAAGCAUUUGAUAAUGUUUAAAUGUUUUUAUACAGAGAUUUUUGUUCAUUAAAAUCAACUUGCAACAUGGUUCAUUUCUUUUGACUGGAAACAAAUUGAAAACUUUGAAACUAGAAAAUAAGUCAACUAACUUGUUUAGAACUGACCUGGGCA